CAUUAUCUUACAAGAAGCAAAGAAUAUUCGCAGUAACUUUUUCAUAGACAUUUCUUAUAAACAAGAGUUGUUAAUAUUCUCAAUAUAUUGUAAAAAAAUAAUAUUUAAAGAUUUUUAAAUUUAAUCAAAAGAUUACAAAUAUUUAUUGGAAAAAAAAAGAAAAAAGAAAAAAAAAUUAUCUUAUAUUUAAUUUUAAAUGUAUUGACAAUAAUGUAAUAAAAUUGUACAGGAUAUGUCUCCCUAUUAUACUAAUGUUGAUUUGCAUUACAUUAGUAUGGUAUCAUUGGUCUACGGUUGAGCCAUCUGUACGAUUCCUAUUGAAUUGUGUGAAAAAAGUGCAAGUAAUGUUGAUCUCGAGAUCAUUCCGGCGAAUUACAAAAAAAUGGUUCAAUAUGCAAAAGAAAACAACACAAGGAGUACAAUCAGCGAAGGAGGCAGUUUUUCGCGGAGGUGUUAUUAUCGUCAGUGCUAUUCUCAUUAUUUGGUUGUCUGUAUUUCUCUAUACGGCUUUUUACUAUGCUUACAUGCCUAGUAUGUCAUAUGUGCGACCUGUACAUCUGCAAUUCAAGUCAUGCGACGAGGAUAAAGGAAUUUGCAGUUUUCCAUCAGCCCAUGUGCAAUUGACGAAAAAGCAGAACAUACUGAUGGUUGGCCAGCCUUAUAAAAUUAAUUUACAUUUAGAAAUGCCAGAGUCUCCUGCAAAUAAGGAACUUGGAAUGUUUAUGGUAUGUGCACAAUUACGUAGUAGAGAUGGAUUCCUUGUGGAACAUGCCUGCAGAUCAGCAAUGUUGCAUUACCGUAGUACAUUACUACACAUGCUUAGUACUUUUACAUUUUCACCUAUGAUGAUCUUUGGAACUACCGAAGAAAAACAAAAUGUUGUACUUGAAUUGUUUGGAAAUUUUGAAGAAGAUCAAAGUCACCCGGUUACAAUAAUUUAUAUCGAAAUACAAUCAAGAUAUAUAGAAUUUUAUUCUGCGUCGAUAAUCAUCAAUGCAAAUUUAUCAGGCCUACGUUAUUUGAUGUUUCAUUGGCCUAUUUUAUCAGCCAUUAUUGGUAUUGGAACAAACUUGUUUUUCUUAGCGCUUAUAUCCAUUUUAUCAUACUUACAUUUUGCUAUGGAAGAAGAAGAUAAGGAGGAGAAUUUUGUUUAUGAAAGAGGCGAAUCGGAAGAAGAGAAAGAUAUCAAGACGCUUAGCGAUUUGUCAUCGGAUUCUUCAUCGCUGGAAGAUGUUCCGGCAUUAGAAGAUAUACCAAAAUCUCGGGAAGAAGCUCUUUCGAGUCAUUCAUCUGAUCCGAUAUUAGGCGAGCCUAGUUACAUUCAAGAAAUUUCAACUCUUAUAGCAGAAUCAUCUGACGUCGAACUUACGAAAUAGUUUGAUUUAUUUGUACAAAUAAGUUACUUGUUAAAAACAACGAAACGUACUUUAUUAUGUACAAACAAAACAACAAAGUGAGUAUCAUUAGACUUAGACAUUUCUAAGAGGGUAGUUUAGUCGAUAAUUUAUAUUUAUACCAGUAAAAAUCGGGUCAGUGUUCUGUCCUAAUAAUAAUUAAUUUAUCUAACAAAUCAUA